UCCCCUAAAAAGGUGGGUGAUGACAUCGCAAAGGCCACCGGUGACUGGAAGGGCCUGCGAAUCACUGUGAAACUGACCAUUCAGAACAGGCAAGCAGCGAUUGAGGUGGUGCCAUCAGCCUCAGCCCUCAUCAUCAAGGCGCUGAAGGAACCUCCCCGUGACAGAAAGAAGGUCAAGAACAUUAAGCACUCUGGAAGUGUUUCUUUUGAUGAGAUCAUCAGCGUUGCCCGUGUCAUGAGGCCACGAUCUAUUGCCAGGGAACUUAGUGGUAUGUAUUUUAAGAAUUUAUGUAUCUGAGAGCAAUAUUUAUCA